CCUGCUGUGCAGUCUUGGGACUUGUGAUCUCGAUAGAUGGAAAAUUUAAAGUCAGCCAAGCUACAGCUAAUGGAGUUUGCAGGAGAAAAACUGCUGGGGAAACUCCGAGAAGGCCAGCAGAAUGCAUCCAGGGAUCCCAGUGAACAGCGGCUGCUUGCAGAAGCAGGACGGUCUGAAUUGGUCAGUGGAGCAGCGACCAGUACAAAUGGUAAAUCAGAUUCCAAAGAAUUGGUUCGAUACCACUCGGUAGUUGAAUUAGAUGAGCUUGAAGAUGAUUUCGAUAGCUGUGCAGAUUCCACGGAAAACAUACAACUAAGGCUGCAGGAGCAAGAAAAGGCAAGAUUGAUGGAAAGCACUAAAAACUGGCUUCAUCCCACGACGCCACCAAAACUACCACCCACCUUACCAGGAAACCCCACCCCUAUUGGCCCACCUCCAAAAACAGAAAGUCAAAACAAUGAGCUUUCGAACUUUGUCCAGAAAAAGUCCAUUGCCCAAGGGAUGAUGGACCUGGCACUGGUUUCAGCUAACACAAACCAACUACGCUAUGUCAUGGACAUCGGUACCAGGCACCCAUAUUUCUACACCAGCAUAGCGUUGAUCAUCACCAGUCUGGCGAUGCAACUUGUCGUUGGUUUGGCGCUUAUCUACAACAGUAGGUUCAACAUUCGAAAGAAGAACGAGAUGCGCUCGGCCGAUCGGAUCAACGAUUUAUCCGUGAUUGGAGUGUUUUUGAUCACGCUAGUCAAUGUGUUCAUUUCGACGUUCAACGGAUCGAACGCAGGCAUUUACUCGAGUGAGACGGUGGCACUUCCAGCCGAAAAUGUCACAACAGCAAGCGCGGAAGUAGGAAGUAUUCUAGGCACCGAUGUGAUCAAUGGUAGUUGAGAUAUGAAGCGCCUCUUGUGGGUUAUUUCGUUAGACAUGGCAACGACUUCGGAAGCAUCAAUUGUAUGCAAACAUAACUGAAUGCUCAUAGUUUCUUUGAAUGAGGCAUUGUGAACCAAAUAAACAUUUGCAUGGAAAUGUUACAGGAAACUAGCCAGCCAUACAUGCAGUGUUUAGGAAAUAUUUUUAUUUAAAUCAAAUUUAUUAUUGGACAUUGGUGAUCACUCAUUCUCCAGUAAUUUUUCCUAAAAAUUCAAUAAAUUGCAAAAAAUAAACAAGGGCGGUGCAAGCAAUUGUAAAUUAAAUAAUUUGAGAAAAUUACCUACACUAAACUCACAUAUACGGGAUAC